UACAAUCUUUUUCCAAUGGCAUUUUUGCAUCUGCUCCUGAUUCACAACUGUAUUCAUAAAUGUCCACCAGCACCGAGAACAUGUUAAAAACACCAAAAAAAUUGAUUUUAAAUGGAGUGGGUCUUUAAAAUUUGACACCAGAACACUUCUCCUCCAUUACCCAGGCAUCUUCUAACUCUCCAAGAUCUUGUUAAACAGUCAGAAACUCUACUGACACCUCUCCUAAAUUCUUCCAUACCUCCACCGAUAUGCUGUCUGGACCAACUGGCUUCAUACUCUUCAUUCUCUUCAGUAUCGUCCUCACUUCAUCCUUACUGAUGUUUUUUACUUCCUACUCCACAGCAUCAACCUCUUCUCUUCUGUGCUCUUUAACAGUUUCCUCAUCCAUCAGAUCUUCAAAGUUCUUCCAUCUUUCCAUCGUACUUGGGGAACCUGUUAACACAUUUCCAUCCCUGUCCUUGAUUGAUCUCUGUUUCUCUGCUGAUCUUCCUCUUUUCUGACCACAGCAUUUGUCUCCCUUCAUUUGACAAAGUCCACCAACAGCUGUCCUAGAAAUUAUUUUAUUAAUUUAUUUCUAUUUUUUAACAAACUUUAUUAUGAACUAGACAAAAGCUAACAGGUAAAAGAAAAAACAAUAAAAUACUGUGCAACCUGCUCAUCAACAAUCAACAUUUACAGUUCAGAGGUUUACAUUAUUUUAUUGAACAUAAAAUAUAAAAAAUAUUUAAAAAUAUGCAGUUCCUUUGAAAACGGAUGUGUCCAAAGUCCGGCCAAAUGUAGCACACAUUCAAAUUUCCACCUGCCAAUGCGGUCCUGUGCACUUUCCAAGAUUUUUUUUUAGAAUUUCUUGAAUGGAAUCGGCUAAAUUACGUUAUAAGUCGUUGUAAACCUGUGGCAAAAACCCGUAGCUACUUAACCUUCAGAGCCUUAAGGGCCAAACGAGAAGAACAGAUUUAUUUGAAGAAAUGAAAAAUGUGCCAUUCAGCUCAUUUGCAUUUAAUAUUAUUUGUAAGGACUGGCUUUCACACAUUUCCACCAAAUCGGGGCAUCUUUGCAAAAAGGCUGGACACCCCAUCUUUAAAAGAUGUAGCCUUCAUAUUUUUUGCAUGUCUUCUGGUGUUUUGUAGAAUGAUUUAAAGUCCAGGUGGACUUCUGUUCUUUAUUCUGUCAUUAAAGUUGAGUUAGAAAACAAACUCCUCUCUGUGAGGUGAAGCCUCCAACCCCCCAGCAGUGGGAUCGCCUGCUGCACUUCAGCUGGAACACCCGGAUCACCACCUCAGUCCAGAUCAGCGUGUUGCAGGGAGACAUGUCUGGCUGGGGGGGCUUCUUCGUUUCUCUCCUUAACUACAAGACAGAGAAGUAUGUCAUCGCUGAGAACAGGAGAAUCGGGAUUUUGUUCAGGCUGUAUCAGCUGGCCGUGCUGGGAUACAUUAUCGGGUGGGUGUUUGUUGUGAAGAAAGGGUACCAGGAGAAAGAGGAGGCAGUCCAGACCUCAGUUAUCACCAAAGUUAAAGGAGUCUCUCUGAUCAACUCCUCACAGACAGGACCUUACCUGUGGAGCGCUGAGGAUUACGUCAUACCUCCAAACGGGGAGCAGGUUUUCUUCAUUGUGACAAAUUACAUAGAGACCCCUAAUCAGAGGCUGGGGUUCUGUGCUGAGAGUCCUAAGGUGCCAAAUGGAAUGUGCCAGAGUGAUGAAGACUGUCUUGAAGGGGAGAGCAUUGCAGCUGGUCACGGAAUAAUGACAGGCUUGUGCUUGAACAGCACCGGGACUUGUGAAAUUUAUGCUUGGUGUCCUGUAGAACACAGCAAAAGACCCACGGAGGCCUUACUGAGCGAAGCAGAAAACUUCACCAUCUACAUUAAGAACUUCAUCAGGUUCCCAAAAUUUGAAUUCUCCAAGUCCAAUGUCCUUGAAACCUCGGAUGACAGCUACUUGAAGAAAUGCUCCUACGACAGAGAGAACCAUCCUUACUGUCCCAUAUUCCGGCUCCGAGAUUUGGUCAGGAACACUGGGAAUGAUUUCCAGGACAUGGCUGCCAAGGGCGGCUCUGUGGGCAUUCUCAUUGAGUGGAACUGUGACCUGGACAAAGACUCCUCUGAGUGUAACCCGCGGUACAGCUUCACACGACUAGACAUGAACCUGAACAGUUCCAUCACAUCAGGAUACAACUUCAGACAUGCCAGGUACUACAAGGAUGAAAAGGGUGAAACUUAUCGCACUCUGUAUAAAGUGUAUGGGAUUCGCUUUGAUAUAAUGAUCAAUGGUCAGGCAGGGAAAUUCAAUAUUGUUCCUACAAUAAUUGCUAUUGGCUCUGGUGUUGCUCUGAUGGGUAUAGGAGCCUUUGUAUGUGAUAUGAUUCUGCUGUACAUGAUGAACACCAGCUCUUUCUAUAGAGAGAGAAAAUUUGAAAUAAUAAACUUCAAAAAAGAACGGAGCAAAACAAAAGAAGGGAAUCACCGGGAAAGAAGAUCAAAGAAGACAGCAGCAGAGAAAGACGACGCAAACUCUGUAAAGAAAAUGGAUAAAAGUGAAGUCAUGGUGGAGGCGGCUCGCUCUGAGGGCAGCCAGCCGACCGUGGACAGACAAGGUCCCACCAUUCCACGCAACACAGGCCAGAGAUACUCCGCUGUUGUGUCCCAGCAAGCCGCAGAGCAGAAGCAUCACAUCACUUUUGCUUCACCUAACUAGCCGUGUCAGGAUCUACCAAGCAGACGGACCCCAGACUCGUACAUGUCUUGUUGGCGUGAUGGAGACUGAACGAGUGUUCUCAGCAGUGGUUCGGACACUAAUGUCAAUAAAGGUAGAUGUUCCAGGUCCAUCAACAGACGCAGGCCUUUAUCCAGACUCUUAUGGUGUUUUUUUUUUCAUCAGACUAAACAGCCAAAAUCUUUGGCCAGUAUGACAUUAUUUGGAUUUUUAAAAUAGUAGACUAUUGUCUGCCUAUUCAUGUAGAUACACACAGAAGAAAUAUUUCAAAUGAACAGUUUUCCAGGCAGACGUGGAGCUUCUGCACCAAGUGGCAGAGUUCCGGGAUCUUAGGAGAGAAAGAAAGGCGGACCAUGAGGCUGACAGGCAGAGGGGUGUGGAGCUGCAGUGACGCAGCCGUGUAUCGAUCUGUUCUGAGAAAGAGCUGAAAAGCAAAUCCUUUAGUUUCCAGCUCAGUCCCUGUGAAUUUCCUCUGUAAGACGAGUGAUCAUUUAGAAUCUAAAGAAAUGAGCUUGGAGUAGAGCCAUCUCAAAAAGCUCUCCAGAUGCCUCCUGGAGCCUCUCCUGGGAAAAUGUCACAAGCAUGUCCCAUCAGGCUGACGUUCAGAGUUCCAGUAGAAAGCUAGGACGUGAUGGAUGGACUACAGUACCAGUAUGUCCCUCAGCUGACCUUAGGGUCCCCCAGCAAAGCAGAAAAAUAUGAAUGGAUCCUUGGAAAAUGUGCAACGUGUUCAUAAUUUUUAAAUAAAAGCUUUAAUAAUUACA